AAAUGCUUAAUAAAAAGGUUGAAGACUUAGAAUCUGAAUUAGAUCUCUAUAAAAAUCCUGAGAAGCAGAGGAGGAAGCAGAAAGAACUGCCAACGAAAAAAGACAAAAAAAGAAAUGCCCACCCAACGACGGAUAGCACAGGAGACCGAGAAGGUACAGAAGCAAGAAAUUCGCAAGCAGAAGAAAGAGAAAAGGGACCAUAUGAAGAUAGAACAACAAUGUAUUAG